AUGGAGUUCUCCAAAAUGUCUUGGUACGCUGAAGCAGUAACAAUUCCUCUUAUUGGAGCGACCAAGCUCUACUCCAGAACAACAAUCCCACACAAUAAUCCCCUCUACACCAAACUUUACAAGACAUUUCUUGUAUCCUCCUUUAAAUACACAUUAAUAAAAGCAGAGUAUUUAUUCACUGUGAUUGUCUUCUUUUCAGUGUUGGGUGCACUCUCUGCUGCAGGUGAAGUUUUCUUUGCAAAAGUCGGGGAGAAAGUCACAUUGAAGUGUGGGGUCAGCAGCUACAGACACACUCUGCAGUGGCAUCAUGGAACUGACGUUGUGUUUAAUGUUGAUCAGAGAGGCUUCACUCGCAAAGGACUUGUUGAACUUGCACGGAGGUCAGUCGUGAGACAGAACAAUCUGGAAAUCUCCAGUGUGAGAGAAACAGAUGCCGGAGAGUUCAAAUGUUUGGCAGAUGGGACACGUCAUGAACAUUCACUUUCUCUGUUCUCAGUUUUGGUCUCCAUCAAACCCUCUGCUGUUCUCAAGCUGAACGAUGAGGCAACGCUCAAGUGUGAGGUUAUAGGUCAGCACCAUGGUUGUGAAGUAGAGUGGAGGCGUCUAAAUACAUAUUUACCCUCAAAUACAUCAACAGUUCAACUCAAACCUGUAAAAACCUCACAUAAUGGUCCCUGGCUGUGUUUCGUCACCUGUGGCAGGAAUACGUUUAUUGAGCGUCUGGCCAUCAAAGUACAAGAGCCUCCAACUACAACAACUCCACCAUCCACCCCGAAGAACGUCACAUUUGUAACGAGUGUUUAG